AUGUCCGGUGGCGAGGGGUGGCGGUCGGUAGCUGGUGAGCUGUUGCAGUCGCGUGAGCGCGAGCAGAGCCUCUCGCUGCGGUCGGCGCUCAAGGGACUACGCCGCCACGUACCGCCGGGCAAGAACGCCGCUGCCGACGCCACUGCUGCUGCCGAGCUGGCUCUGCCGCCGCCGGCAAGCCGUGGUGCGGCUGCUGGCCGGCGCGCCACCGGCCGGCGCAACGCCUCGGUCCGCAAAGAGGCCGCCAAGGCCCGCAAGGUGCGAAAGUGGAGCGCUGCUCAUCCCGAGUGGGUUCCGUCAUCCUCGUCGUCAUAAGCUCGUGGAGCUCAUGCCUCGCCCUCGGCCGCAAAGUCCGAGAUGGCACUGGCG